AUGAAUAUGGAUAAAACCAAAUUUGCACGAGAACACGAUAGUGAAGAAAUUGAUUUAGGACAAUAUAUUGAUGAUGAUGAUGUAGAUGAAGAAAAAGAAAACGAUGUACAUGACAAUUUUGAUAUAUCUACAUCAGUAUUGCAUAUGUCACCAGCAAAAAACAAUUCAAUUAAUUCAAAAGAAAAUUCUAUGGAUAAAUUAUCCGAAUGUUAUUCGUCGUCUAAAUAUAAUAUUACUUAUACAAAAAAGAAUAAACCAAGUAUUGGUAAAGGAAAUUUAGCAUUACAUUUUCUUGAAUAUAUAUAUGUCUUUUCCAUAGAUUUCGAUACUGUAUAUAAUACAUCAUCAACAUCAAAUAAACGUCAUGUUGAAUCCGACAGUUCACUCGACGGAACAUCAAGAGUUGUGAAGAAAAAACGUGCCGACAUGAAUGACAGUAGUAAAAUGUUAAACAAACUAUUAAAUCGAAAGAAACCAUCAACAAAAAAGAAAAAUAAAACGACACCAAUUAUUGAUGAGUCGAAAUAUGUUACACGAGAAGAAUUUGAUUUGUUGUCGAAGGAUCAUACCGAUCUGAAAAAGAGCGUCAAACGAAUGAUUCCAAUAGUUAAACAUUUUCGUGGUGGAAAAAAAAUUAGUUUGGAUUCAUCAGCCACAAAUACAGGCCAAACAACAGCCUUAUCAAAUAUUGAAGAAAUCAAUAAAUCGAUCAAAAAAAUUUUUCGUGUCGAAGCAAGUGAAGUGACAGGUCCACGUGAUCGACCUACUAUAGUUAUUCGACAUUUAUUUCGAUUAUCAAAUCAUCUGGGCGAUUAUCUUUCAUAUUUGAAUGAACAUGCUGAUCUUUUACAAGCAUUCCUUCAAUAUCGUUGUCCUGGUAUUAUUGAUAUGAAAGAUACCUGGCUGGAAGUUGAAGCAGCAAUGAAGACGUUAGCGAAUGAUGUUAAGAAAAACUCUAAAACAAAGGAAGUUCGAGGAAGCUUUAAACUAACAGCUAAUCUACAACAACAACCAGCAGCUUCAACAAAUGAUGAAAUAACAGCACCACUUGACAAUGUCGAGCGUGAAGAAAUUAUAUAA